GUCGCGGAGGCCGGGCAUGGGCGCGGCAGGAGUAUUCGCGGAAAUGCUGCUUGGAGGAGGUCGCGGUGGGGUCACUAGAAAAUCAGCCCACAGGUCCUACUCUAGGAGCAAGAUCCAACAAGUAAAGCAAGAAGGUCUCAGGACCAGUGUGUGGUCAUUUGUGGGGACACCAUUGAGCAGAGACCAAGAUUUCAGGAAUUGAGGGGAAUUCAAGAAGAAACUAAACACACAAGUCCCUUUUACUGGGUGUUUCCAGUCACAGAAGAAAAUGAUUAAGGACCAGGACCGUGUUGUUACAGGAAUCGCUGACACUGGAGGACGUGGCCGUGGACUUCACCUGGGAGGAGUGGCAGCUCCUCGCCCCCACCCAGAAGGACCUGUACCGGGACGUGAUGUUGGAGAAUUAUAGGAACCUGGUGUCAGUGGGGUACAUGGCCAGCAAGCCAGAUGCACUCUCCAGAUUGGAACAAGGGGAACUGUGGACGACAGAACAUGAGAUCCCCAGUCGAAUCCGUCCAGAGAUCAAGAAAGAUGAUGGUCAUCUACCAGGGCAGUUGCAAAAUCAAAGAUGUCCAAAGAGAAUGAAACAAUGCCAUGAACAUAAUGCAUUCGGAAAUGUCAUUCAUCAGAGUAAAAGUAAUUUUCCCUUAAGGCAAAAUCAUGAUAUCUUUGACUUAAAUGGGAAAACACUGAAAUCAAAUUUAAGUUUAGUCAACCAGAACAGAAGCUAUGAAGUAAAGAACCUCAUUGAGGUUAAUGGGGAUACGAAAUCCUUAUCCCAUACAAAGCAUGACCAGUGUUGUAUUGAAAUUAAAUUUCCCGAAUGUGGGAAUUCUGUGAAUACAAAUUCCCAAUUCAUCAAGCAUCAAAGAACUGAAAAGAUAGAGAAGCCCCAUGUGUGCAGUGAGUGUGGAAAAGGCUUCUUCAAGAAGUCUCGGCUCAUGGGUCAUCAGAGAGUUCACACAGGAGAGAAGCCUCAUGGGUGCAGCGUGUGUGGGAAAGCCUUUUCCAGGAAGUCCAGACUCACUGAACAUGAGAAAACUCACGUAGGAGAAAAGCGGUAUGAGUGCUCUGAAUGUGACAAAGCAUUCCCCAAGAAAUCACGGCUACUUACGCAUCAGAAAACCCAUACAGGAGAGAAACCCUAUGUGUGCAGUGAGUGUGGAAAAGGCUUCAUCAAGAAGUCCCGGCUCAUUAACCAUCAGAGAGUUCACACAGGAGAGAAGCCUCACGAAUGCAGUCUGUGUGACAAAGCAUUCUCCAGAAAGUCCAGGCUCGUUGAACACCAGAGAACUCAUACGGGAGAAAAACCUUAUGAAUGCACUGAAUGUGAUAAAACGUUCCGCUGGAAGUCACAGCUCAAUGCCCAUCAGAAGACCCAUACAGGAGAGAAAUCAUAUAUAUGCAGUGAUUGUGGAAAAGGCUUCAUUCAGAAGGGCAAUCUCAUUGUACAUCAGCGAACGCAUACUGGGGAGAAGCCUUAUAUAUGCAGUGAAUGUGGGAAAGGUUUCAUUCAGAAGGGCAAUCUCCUUAUACAUCAACGAACUCACACUGGAGAGAAACCCUAUGUAUGCACCGAAUGUGGGAAAGGCUUUAGCCAGAAGACAUGCCUCAUAUCACAUCAGCGAUUUCACACUGGAAAGACUCCCUUUGUGUGUACUGAGUGUGGAAAAUCCUGUUCACACAAGUCUGGUCUCAUUAACCACCAGAGAAUUCACACAGGAGAGAAACCCUAUACCUGCAGUGACUGUGGGAAGGCUUUUAGAGAUAAGUCGUGCCUUAACCGACACCGGAGAACUCAUACAGGAGAGAGGCCCUAUGGAUGUGCUGACUGUGGGAAGGCUUUCUCUCACCUGUCCUGCCUUGUUUACCAUAAGGGAAUGUUGCAUGCAAGAGAGAAAGGUGCACGUUCAGCCGCAGUGGAGAAUCCUUUCCCAGAGAGCUACAGCUCAUCACUUUCCAAUGAUAGCAUGCAGGAGAAGGACCCGGCUAACACGGUGUCCGUGCAGACGCCUUCUGUAGCAGCUCAGACUUCCUUACACCUCCGUGGCCUCCUAGCAGACAGGAACAUAGCCACCGUGGGACAGCCAGGUACCAGAUGUGCAUCAUCAGCAGAUAACGGAAUCUGCACAGAGAAACCUUUUGAAUGCAGUGAAUGUGGUAGUGCCUUCACUGAUCAGUUACGUCAUAUUUUAUGUCACAAAAAGCACACAGGAAUAAGGUGUGAUACGAUCAAGGUGGAAAACCCUUGACUAAAACCUUCCUGCUCAUUAUUGGGCUGAUAAGUGUAUACGGAGACAAAUAGUAUAACGACCAAGAAUAGUAUAAAGACAAAUAGUACAAAGAUCGGAAAAUCCUUUGUGGAAAGGUAGACCUUACCGGUGUUUCAUAGGUCACAUAUCAUCAGUGAGCUCAUAGCUGGUAGAAAUAAUAAUGACCCUGGAAAAGUCCUUCCCCAGAAAUAAGACUUCAGUAGGCGUCAGAGAUCUCACACCGGAGAAGAACAGUUGGAAGAGCUCUGAAGGCAGUGAAUGUGGCACGGUCGUCAGUGGGGCAUUCUGCCUCAUCAGUUGGCAGAGGAAAUCAUACAGAAGCAAAACUCUGACCUCACCAACUGUGGAACAUCUUCGGCAAAGUACCAGAAAACACAUAAAGCAAAUAAGCCCUGUGAAAAUUAGUGUUUUAGAGAUUUCUGCCACAAGUUUGAAAUCAUUUUACUUCAGAUAAUGUACAUAGUGUACAUUUUAGGACAAUAUACCUCGAAUCAAACUCCUCAUUGAUAUGAUGGUCACUCUUUAAUUCAAAGGAGGUGGUGUAUAUUGCACAUCAAUGGUUAGAGUCAGAACAGUGCACCCCCUCCCUUUUUUGGGGGGGGUGUGAAUCUCUCAUUCCCGCCCAUGAUCAUUAUAUGGUUAGCUCUUGUGUUUCUUUGGUUCUAAAUUUAUUCAGUUUAUUUUAGGCUGCUGAAGUCCCUCCUUCAGCCUUCAAAAGGAAAGUGAAUACAUUUGAUUCAAUAACGUA